CACAACAUAUGGAGCAAGCAGGUUCCUUUACCAGUGUCAGUGAACUCGGGCAAUGUGUACGAUUAUUAUGACAUUCUCGAAGAGAUUGGAACGGGAACAUUUGGCGUGGUGCAUCGCUGCCGGGAGAAAGCUACAGGCAACAUUUAUGUGGCCAAGUUUAUUGACACUCCUGGAAUUCUCGAAAAAACGACCGUUCGUAACGAGAUUGCCAUCAUGAAUCAAUUGCAGCACCGAAAGCUGCUCAACCUCCACGAUGCCUUUGAUGGUCGCAACGAGAUGGUUCUUAUCAUGGAGUUCCUCUCCGGCGGCGAGCUGUUUGACCGAGUUGCCGAUGAUAGCUACCAAAUGAACGAGGCUGAGGUAGUCAAAUACAUCUCACAGGUUCUCGAUGGAAUUUUGCAUAUGCAUGAGGCCAGCAUUGUUCACUUGGAUGUAAAGCCCGAGAACAUCAUGUGUGAGACGAGCAAAUCAACAGACAUCAAGCUGGUUGAUUUUGGCCUGGCAACAAAGCUAAAUCCUAAGGAGCUCGUUAAGGUGACAACUGCGACCGCUGAGUUUGCCGCUCCUGAAAUCGCAGAUCUCGAGCCUGUCGGUUUUUACACAGAUAUGUGGGCUAUUGGAGUUUUAACUUAUGUCUUGUUGAGUGGACUUUCGCCAUUUUCUGGUCGCGACAAAUUAGAGACGCUGGAUAAUGUCCGAAGAGGCGAAUAUUCAUUUGACUACAAUGAGUUCAAAGGCAUUUCGGAUAAAGCCAAGGACUUUAUAAGUCAUCUGCUACAAAAACAGCCUAAGUAA